AUGAUGCUGCUGCCGGACGGAGAUGAUGGCGGCGUGGCGGUGCCUGCCAUGGGUGGGCGUCGGAGUGGACCGUCAUCGACGCGGGUGACGGCACGGGUGGCCGCAGGCGAGCUAGAGAACAACAUCGGUGGCCGAACCCAUGUUGGAUUGUUGUUGCCUAGCGCAACCGCGAGUUCACGAUUGCAGAAGCAACCGCUCGUCCGGAUCGACCAGGACGAGAGCGGCCGAAAGGCGCUUGUGCUCUGGCCUCGCAGCGUGACGGUUCACACCGGGAACGUGCGCGGCGCGCGCCGAACCGGGAUCUUCGGAAGCGGCGUGUGGAAGUGGGAGGGGGAGGGGACCGAGGGAGGAGGGUUGGAGGAAGAAGGCGGCUUGGCUGGCUGGAGGAAUCAAGCGGUGGCAUCUGAGGCCUCCACGUCGUCGUCUACUCGUCUUCUGCGGGUGUAUUCCACCACCGCGCUGGAAGGCCGGCCGUUGCAUCGGUGUCUACGUCACUCCGGCCCACUUGACAGGGGCGGCUGCUGGAGCGGCAGCGAACUCAAUGGCGCUACGCGUGGCGGAGAGCUCCGGCGACUCCUUCUCCCCCGCGUCGGCGGCAGCGAGGCGGCCCUCCCUCCUAUCGCGUGGCGCGGCCGGUCGGCGAGCACCGCAGCCCCGGCGGACAAGGAGCUCGCGGGGAAGAGCGCCUACGAGGUCCUCGGGGUUGGGGAGACCAGUUCCAACGCCGAGAUCAAGGCCUCCUUCCACCGCCUCGCGAAGGAGACCCACCCAGACGUCGCCGCCGCCGCUGGUUCCCGACGGUUCCUUCAGAUCCUCGCCGCCUACGAGAUUCUAUCGGAUUCACAGAGAAGGGCUCACUAUGGUAGCUACCUGCGAUCGCAGAGGCGAAUCGUGCAGAAGCAUCCUAGGCCAUCUCAGUUUGUCUAUCCAAGUGGUUCAGGCUCAGGCAUUGUGGUACCUAGAGAGAGCAAUGUUGUUGAGUGGCUGAAAUGGUAUAGGCUUACCAUUGAUGACAUUGUUACCAAGAAGCGGGUUGCCACUGGCUCAGGUUAUUUUGAUAGGCUUGAAAGUGAACUGUACAAAGCAAUCCACGCUGCAUACUAUGGCUCUGAUGUUGAGUCCAUGGAUGUCCUUCCUGAUUGCUUUGAAGCAGAAGAAAGGUCUGUGUAUGAGACAUCUGAGUUAUUGCACCUUGUAUCUGGCCGUGAUCUGUUUGGUAUUGUUAGUGUGGCUGAUAGUAUCAAGGAGCUGUCAUAUGCUUGUCGCGAGAAGCUUACAGAGUCUGGUUUAAGAGCUUCUGGGUUUUCUGCAAAUGUUCCAAGAAAUGCGAAUGAAGAUCAAGUGUCUAUGAAUCCAGUUGAUAUCCACAAUAAAGAGAUGGGGCAUGAAGAUGAUAUUCCUUCAUCAGAUGCCUUCAAGGAUAUUGAGUUACGCAUAUGUGGGAAAGUUGUGGCUACUGCGACUAGGAGCCUCAAGUGCAAUUGCAUUAACAAAUCAGAUGGGGAAGAUCACAUUCAUGUAUAUCUUGUUCCAAAUGCGGAUACAUCUGAUUUAGUGCAAGAGCAUCUUCUCUUAGGCACAAUUACUGGGUUAUCCACCACUGGGGAGGAAGGAUCUUGCUGUGUCUAUGAUGAUCGUGGCAUAAAGACACAUGUAAUUAUGAAACACAGGACAUUGAUGGUAUGAAGUCAAACACAUGCACUGGUAUCAAGUUGGAGAUAAAGUUUCACCCUGUGAGUGUCGAUGUAGUAGGGCUCGGUUGCCACCUAGCAGUUCUUCUUUUGCAGAUAUUGGCUCUUUGAGCCU